AUGACAGGGAGGCCUCCACCAACGAGCCGGGAUGCCAGGGCUGGAAACCCAGGCGGAGGGAGGAGGCCCGCUGGCACGGAGCAACACGGUGCCACGCAGUCAGGGGGAAAUGGGGUUUGCAGCCUCUGUGGCUGUGCUGCGCAGACUGGGUGCUAUUUUGGAAACCUGAGUUGUGAACAGGCAUUUUUGGAUGGCCUAGGAGGGAUUGCUGUAGAGAACUCCCUGUGUGCCCGUACCCACCAGCAGCUGUGCCGCAGGGGGCAGAGGCGCAGUGGGCAGAGCACAAAGGGCCUGUCUAGUCCAAUGCUGCGCUGCCCAUCCCAGCGUCUCCUCGACAGGAUAGUGCGGCGCUAUGCUGAGGUGCCAGACGCUGGCAGCAUCUACAUGGACCACCUCACCGACCGGGACAAACUGCGCCUCUUGUACACGCUGUCAGUGAAUUCACAUCCCAUCUUGUUACAGAUCUUCCCCGACGUGGAGGGAUGGCCCUUCCCGCGGUACCUGGGCUCCUGCGGGCGGCUGGUGGUCAGCGCCAGCACCCGGCCCCUGCGUGACUUCUAUGGCGCGGCCCCCGAGGUGGCCGCUGACCUGGCCCUCCAGCUCCUCGCCGUCCUUCGCUCCAUGGGCACCAACGACCUCAACUAUUUCUUCUUCUUCACCCACGUGGAUGCUGGCACCUUCGGCGUGUUUAGCAACGGGCAUCUGUUCAUCCGGGAUGCCAGCACGCUGGGGAUCAUCGACAAGGAGGAAGGGAGCCAGCUGAUUGACAGCCAGCAGGAGUAUAAAGAUAUAUUUAGCUGUUUGACUGUGGACUGCCAGUCCGCAUUUGUGUCCUGUAACUCCAUCAGAGAGAAGCACAGCCUCGUCAUGGUGUGUCAAGAGCUUUUGCCUAAGCUCCUGAAGGGGAAAUUCCUGCAACCCGUGCAGGAGAAAAUAGACAGCUUCCUGCAGCACUGCGCCGACGGCCUCACCGAUGACCAGAGCGUCGACGAGGCGGUUGCAAAGCUGGCAGAGCUCCUGAAACCUCUGCGGUCUUGCGAUUCCCGUUUUGCCUACCGCUACCCUGACUGCAAAUACAGUGACAAAUACUGACGGCUUUGGAGGAGGGGUCCCCCCGGGAAGGACUGGGGCAGUGUCAGCCCCCUGCCAGCACGGGAAGCAAGAAGGAACCAGGGUAGCUGGAAAGACCUGCACCAAAUCCGGGGCUUCCUCAAGAAGGCGCAGGAGGAGGGAGCAGAGUGCACACAGGAUUUAUUGUUCAUCUCCCAGAGAUGCAUUUGUUACAUGGGAUGUUAGACAUGA